UCAUUUUCUCCGCAUCAACCUGCCAGCUUCAGCUAACCGUCCGCUCGUCUGUCGCACAGGUGAGCGUCGGCUCGUCCUUGUGUGUCAAAUGCCGAAAAGUCCAGAUGAGGAACUAAGUCCCUGAUGACUGGAAUAGGUCCCGGGACUCCUAAAGCAGCCGGGACUGUUUGCGGACGCCGUGGGAACGGAAAAAAAAAGAGGCAGUCCCGAGCUAACCGGUCGUAACGUUUACAUGUUAGCCUCAGCACGACAGGUGCACCGCGGCGUCGAGCUCUGAGACUUCAGCCUCGUCUUGUUUUGAUACAAACAGUUUUAACAGCUCUGGAUUUUUAACGGUUCAGCUUUGUACAAAGACAACAUAUACGUGGUUAUAUUAUCAUCAAGCUCAUCUCACCGGCCUCUCAGCCUGAACACUGACAUGGCUGCGGCCCACUCAGAGUCCAGCGUCCUGCAGGAGGAGCUUACCUGCCCCGUGUGUCUGGACUUGUACCGUGACCCCCACUUGCUUCCUUGCGGACACAACUUCUGCAAGACCUGCCUCGAUCACUUAAAGCGCCAAGCAGAGCGAGGUCGCCUCCGCUGCCCAGAGUGCCGCGACAGCCACCGGUGUGGCACCAACUUUCAGAAGAACUUCAAACUAGCCAAUAUUGCUGAUGACUAUCGUCACCGGCGCAGAGCCGUCAGUGCAGCUGCUACAGCUUUAAAAUCCAGAGAAUCGCUGUCGUCUUCCCUGGCAGCGCAGCCGGUCAGGAGUGUUGCUGUUCCCUGUGAUUACUGCCCCUCAGUCGCCGCCGAGGAAGCUGCUGCUGCUGCUGCUGCUGCUCCUGCCAGUGUAGCUGUGCCAAUGUUUGCGGUCAAGACGUGCCUGAAGUGUGAGGUGUCCAUGUGCCAGGAGCACGUGAAGCCACAUCUGGAGCUACCGGCUUUCUGUGAGCAUCCACUGACAGAUCCGAUAAACGACUUCUGGAAGAGGAAGUGUUUAGAGCAUGAUGAGAUAUACAGAUACUACUGCAUGGAUGACAAGAUGUGUGUGUGCAACGCCUGCACCAUAGAAGGAGAGCACUCUGGACACACAAUGAAGACCCUGAAGAACACAAUGAAAGAUCUCAAGGGAACGCUGGAUAAGCAGCUCUACAGGGUUGACAGGAAAUACAGCAUGGCUGAGAAAAAACUCCAGGAGCAGAAGGAGAAGGAGAGACAGAAUAAGAAGUUCAUGGACGACUCUGAGGCGUGCUUCAACAGGCUGGAAGAAGACAUGAAGGCCAAAGUGCUCAGCUUCAUCAUCAGACUGCGAGAGUGCACACGCACUCACUGUGACACCAACGGGCCGGCGAUUCAGAAGAACAUCUUCAGGAUCUGCCAGGAUCAGGCCCGUCUCCAGGAGGUCCGCUGCGGCAUCGAGAGCCUCAUGCAGGAAAACGAUCCUUUCCGCUUCAUCGAGGCGUACAAGACAACAGGAAAACAGUGCCGUAGGCAGCUAAGGAAAAACAUGUUCUACCCAGAAUACGUCGACAUGGAGACAGAGGUCCUCGUAGCAAUAAUGGAAGAAGAAAUGAAAAAAUUCCUUGAUGAGGAACUGCCAGGUCACAUUCUUACUGCCAUUAAUUCCCUGUUUCAUCUUUCAGAUCUCGAGGAGGAGGAAGAGGAGAACGAGGAAGAGGCUGCAGAGGAGGACGAUGACGACGACUUCGACGACAGCAGCGAGGGAGAAAUGAGGAGCGAGGGGGAGGAGGAGGAAGACGAGGAGGAGGAAGACGACGAGGACGGACGUGACCCGAGCGAGCUGGGCGACGAUCCUUACAGCCCAGGGGAGGAGGAGGAAGAGGAACGGAGCGAGGAGGAAGAAGAAGACGACGACGACGAUGACGAAGAGGACGAGGAAGAGAGAGGGGUUUAACUGAGGACGUUAUUCGUUUACAUACUUUUUUACACCUUUUGAAGCACUUUGAAUUUGAUCCUUAACUGUGGAUGAGUGCAACAGAUCUCUUGUCUCUUGUAGUGUUGCACCCAUCGUCUCUCUGAAUGUCCCACAUACAGAACAGGACUCGAGCAGCUGCCAUAUUUUGCCUCAAACACACAUACUGGAUGAUAACAGAGCUUUGAUUCAGCUCGAAAUAAAACGGAACUGUGUACGGAGAAUCUGCCAGUGUGAAUCUCAUGCUAAACCUGUGUUGCAUACUGCUGGACUAAGUUAAAGUGCUUCAUGUUAGAAGACAUUUACUGUAUAUGUACACAUGUGAAUGCAAUUGUAUUAAUGACAGAAUGUGGCUGGAAGGACUCAAGCACUGAAAUAGGAAAAAACCCCUGCACGUCUGUGAUUCCAGAUUUUCAACCACUUUGGUAAAAAUGUGACAUUUGACUUUAUAUAUUUCAUUUAAUUAGUUUUGAAAACUUACCUGAAUUUUUUGAUAGAACAGGCACUAGGCAGAGAGGGAUAUAUACAUAGAUACAAAACGGUCUGAAAUCCUUGAGUUUCCAUCACCAUAGAAAGCCUUUCAAUCAGUAUCCUUGUAAACACGCCAGAGUUUUGACCUGAGAGACAUAAGAUUAAGCAGAUACAUCAGGCCAGUAACAGUCUACAUGAAUGAGUCCUGUGUGUAUGGAUUGAUGUGAUUGUUUCAUUCAUGCUAGAGUUGAACAUUGCAAAGCCAAAGAGUGAGGAUGCGCGUGUGCAUGGGCUCUUUGACAAGUUUAUUUUUUGCUUGGCAUGAUGUUAGAUAAAGAAAUGCAGUGUGGUAAUAACAGUUUACAUAGGCUACAGGAUGACCUUGCUUGUCAUAACUCAUAGUGCUUUAAAAGCAGUUAAUGCAUUGUUAGUAAAAAUGUUACAUAUUCCUAUGCACUCUUCAUACAUUAUUCUUAAAAUAUCAGUUUCAGGUGAUGUGAAAUUUUGCACUUUACUAGAAAAAAAAUUGCUACGUUAGGCCUGAAAUAUUUGAAUGUUGAAAGCUGAUUUUUAUUUUGAUACGAGUGAUUUUUGUGAGGGGCCAAACUAAAACAAUUACUAAAUAAAUAUAAAGCCUGUUGAAAUGUG